AAGCACGUCAGAGGUCGGUGGGCGGAAAAGCGGUAGUGUGUCUCGAAAUCGGAAGAUAAAGCCCCAAACCGAACCGGGCCGUUUGAUCCUGACGUUUCCCCAGAACCCGAAGGAGAAACCCCGGUUCGUCUCCAGCGUUAAUGGCGGUCCCUGCAGCUCAGACGGAUGUCCAAAUGGACAGAGGCGCCCAGACGGUCCCCCCUGAGGACAACAUUGACAUCGACGAGAAAGAGUUAGAAAACAUCACAAAGAAACAGCGAGAAGGAGACACGGCGACGCUGCCGCUGCACUCACCCUGGACCUUUUGGCUCGACAGGUCGUUACCGGGGACAACGGCUGCAGAGUGUGAAUCCAACCUAAAGAAGAUCUACACCGUGGAAACUGUUCAGAUGUUCUGGGGUGUUUAUAACAACAUCCCUCCAGUCACAGCCCUGCCUCUCAGAUGUAGCUACCACCUGAUGCGAGGAGAGAGGAGACCGCUAUGGGAAGAAGAAAGUAAUGCCAAAGGAGGAGUUUGGAAGAUGAAAAUCCCCAAAGAAAACAGUUCUACGGUCUGGAAGGAGUUGUUACUUGCUACUAUCGGGGAGCAGUUUGCAGAUUACUGUGCAUCAGAUGAUGAGGUCGUCGGCGUCAGCGUUAGCGUUCGAGAUCGAGAGGAUGUGGUGCAAAUAUGGAACAAAGAUGCAACUCUUGCUAAUGAAGCAAAUAUCUUGGGGAAAGUCUAUGAGCUGCUCCCGUAUAUAUCCUUUAAAGCAGUUUUUUAUAAGCCUCAUAUGGAUCAUCAUGCCUUUGAGGGAGGACGCUCAAGACAUCAUUAGACUGUAAAGCACUUUGUUUUUUUUAAAACCAGGACUCUGUAUCUGCCUUCACAGUAGGCAACGUCCACAGCUUAGGUAAAGAUAGUAUUUUUGCUUUCAAUGAGGAAAGGUUAUCAAUAUAUUUUUAUAUCUUUUAAUGACUGCUGCCUUGUUUUAAUCAUAAUAUUGGUCCUGAAGCUCUGAGGGGUUCAGAGAGUUUAGAUUGUGUGAAUCUCAUUGGAAAAGCAUUAAGUAAUAAGUGUAGGAGGAGGGGGGGGCUCUGCCUGUCUGUACUGACCCAUUCCGGACUUCUGGACAUUCAAGGGACCAACCAUGUCAUUCCUGGUGUAGAGGAAGGAAUCAUCCUCAAUAGAUUAGAGUAUUAUAGAGACUUUUAUUGAUCAUUGCACACAGCCUUCUGUUUUUUGUAGGCUUUUUGUCCUUUUUUUUCUGUUAUUUAUGUAAUUCUGAAUGAAAACACAUUAACGAUCAGAAUAUUGCAGACCAAUUGAAACCUUUUAAAAUGAAACGUAUGUUUAAUACUUUAAGGUUGCUUUCUGUACUUUUAAUCUGUCAAAAGAGCCUCUCUGAAGCACACAUUCUGAUUUAUUGAUUAUAACCUUUCAGUUGCACCAUCUAGUUUUUUAUAAGCUGCGUUUUCCUGCUUCACACCAUGAAUCGGUUAGUUUGUUUGGUGCCAAAGCACUAGUGUGCUUUUCUGUUAAGAGGUUUGGGGUCGUCGUCAUUCCUCUUUUUCAUCCGGUUGGGCUUUUAUUAGCUCAGAUGGAGGGAAUGUAACAUUCAAAGUUUAAUACCCAUCAAGGUUGAACUUCACCCUGGCUUUUUAUGUCUAAGCCAUCGUAAAGGAUCAAAGUGAAGUCCAGCACAGAUGUGGCUUUAUGAUUAUUUUUUUGUUUUAAAGCUUUGUUCUUAUGGAAAGAUUUUUUUUUUUUUUCCAAGUGUCUUUAGGAAUGUUAUGUUUUCAUUUCUCCCCUUCCAUCGCAUUAGAAAUGCUUUGCUACUUGACCUCUGAUUUAGGUUACUGGUGUGAGGUAAUGCUCCACAUUUUUCCUCCUGCCGCUGCAUGUUUCUACUUACAGUAAUUCUAGUUUUCUUGCUGCGCCAUAACCACUGCACACAGGGACGCUUUCUAUCUAGUUCAGUGAUAUACUGUAGAUGUUUAGGGGUAGGGAGAUGGAUUAUGUUCCGGUUUAGCUUUAAGAAAGCUGAGGAAAGGUUUACUGUAGCCUGCUGCUUAGGGGGAUAGAAAACCACCAGGUAGAUCAGCUCCUGUCCAUGGAAUAUUUCUCUUUUAUCUGACGUUAUUAAGCCAUACCGUUCAUCUAACACCCUUUGAAAGUUUUUUUCAAUUAAAUAUACCCUCCAGUCAUUUGUUUGUAAUAAAUCUCUUUUCAGGACGAUGAUUUAAAAAGAAGCAUUUGUUUUCCCUCUGUAAAGCCCCUUUCUGCUGUGACAUGGACAGAUCAAAUAAAAUGGAGCUG